AGGCUCGGCCACAUUCUCACCGACCUCGAACAAUCCAAGGACUUCCAGGCCAGGGAGAUGCUUGAGCUGUGGGAGUCCCAGGCGGCGUACGCCAAGGUGCCCAGCCUGCGCCUGACGCAGAGCCUGGUGCACUGGCAGGGUGACUGCCUCGUCGCGAUGGCGGAGGGACAGCCUGAACCACCCAUGCGAGCGGAGUUCGUGGAGUUCGGCCGAAUACAAGACGAGCUGGCUGCCAGCGGCAGAGAGCCCUCGCCUCCGCCGAGACUGGACAUCGCCGCCGAGCUGCCUUUCGCCGAGAAGAAGUUGUCGGGCAAAUUCUUGGCGGAGUACACUCGCUUGAUGAAUGACCACUCCACGCACGUGCAAGCGGGCUGCGAGUACGGGGAUUUCGACCAGAUCGGCAAGGAAUUGUACCUGGACAAGAUGGCCGACAUAUGCCUUCGCUGGGAGGAGCAGUUCUGGUCGGCGCAGGAGCUGGGCAUCAGGCCGACCAGGGGGUUCCAGGAAGUCAGUUCGGAGUACCUCCGACUGGGGGACCGGUACGGGUGCAAGCAGGUGGUCGAGGAGGUUCCGGAAGAGCAGGAGGGGUCGCCUGCGCGCCGUGCUACAGGUUUCAGCUGCGGUUCGCCCUGAGCCUCCGCGACCGUAGCACGCUGUCCCAUCGGCGCAGAGAUGGUGAUGCCAUGGUCAUGCUCAUGUGGGUUCACCUGCGACGGUUUUCUGGUUCACGCCAAGAUGCGCGCGAUGGCGGCGGGGGGCGUCGUGUCACGGUGAGGCCCGGUGCGCCGUCUCCGACGUCGUCCUCGUCCUCCUCCUCGCUGGGCCCUCGUCGUCGCCGUCCUCGUCC